GAGCGGCUGUCCCUCCGGAGCGGAGGGGGCGCUGUGAGCGGCUGUCCAGGGCGGCUCCAGCUGCAGCUUCAGCUCCCGCUCUGCCGCUGUCGACGAGAAGGGAUCGGGUGACAGGACUGGACGGAGCUAUUAAUGUCCGCUCGUUACAGUAUUUGGAGGAAAUCAAACCAGUGACCAUGGCACUGGGAACGGCAUGGAAGCAGAUGUCUUGGCUUUACUACCAGUAUCUCUUGAUUACAGCACUCUACAUGUUAGAACCCUGGGAAAGGACCAUAUUCAACUCCUUAUUAAUAUCUAUUGUUGGGAUGGCUGUAUACACUGGUUACGUGUUUAUGCCUCAGCAUAUUAUGGCAAUAUUGCACUACUUUGAGAUUGUCCAAUGACUGCCUUAAGCCAGAAUGAAGACCAGAAAUACACAAGGAAGAAAGAAGGUUCCUCUUCAAUGGAUGGUUACUUCUCAAUAACUGGCAAGAAUGCUGUUGAAGAUCAACCCUGUUGCAUUAUAAAGGAUUUAGAAGCUUACAGAGUGGCAAAUCAAAGUAGUGUGGAGUGUAUUUCAUGGUUUUGUAUUUAUUGUUUUAAUAUGCAUUCUUGCAACAUAAUAAGGUGCCCUUGUUUGUUAAUCUAGUUAUUAUAUUUACUAAUGUGAGUACUUUAAUUGCCUUUGAUAGUGUGCACGUUGCGAUGUGAAUGCGUUAGUCGUACAUUUUUAAACAAAAAUGUCAAUUGGUGUGAAGCAUUCCAUAUACAUAUAUAAGUAAUUCAAGUAUAACUUGGACCUAAGAUUGAUUAAAUGUUUGGUAUGUGUCAAGCUAUAAAGAAAACAAAUUUUUAACUUUUCUGAGUUUUUUGGCAAUUGGGGAUCUAAUUGGAAUUUUCACGAGAUGCAUAUUUUGAAGUAUGUUUCAUUUUUAAUACCAUUUGAAAAGUGAUAUUGCCCACCUGUAAGACUUGUAUAGAAUUCUAAAUGAUGUCAUAUUUUUGGUGUCCUAAAAUUCAUAAUAAAUAUAAAAUACUUGUGAUGA